CUUGUUUCUCGACUCAGUCUCGUCUCUCUCUCUCCACAUUCUACGGUAAGCCCUGCUCUAGAUCUCUCUUUCCCCUUCCAUCUUCUUCCUUUUUCCCAAUCUUUCUCUGAGCUUCAUCGCUUCGAAAAUCCUCUAUUUUCAUCGCUCCAUUCGGCGUUCGGUGUUCGACUCUAGCUUGGACUUCCGUUCGGCUCCAUCUCCAUUUUUUUUUUGAAGAAAAAUUCAGAUCUCCACUUUCUCACAUUGCAGUAGCCGAUUUCUUGGGUGUGAUUCUGUGAGUUAGAAGAUGGCAGCAAAAUACAUAGUAGGUUCCUUACUUGGAGCAACUGCUUUGGCAUAUAUUUCUGACCAUCUUAUUGCUGACAAGAAAAUAUUUGGAGGAACAACCCCAAGUACUGUUUCAAACCGCGAGUGGUGGGAAGAAACUGACAAGAAAUUCCAAGCAUGGCCUCGUACAGCCGGUCCACCUGUGGUCAUGAACCCCAUCAGUCGCCAGAAUUUCAUCGUCAAAGCUCGCUCUGAAGCUUAAAUGUUACUUUGGUUGUCAAUUUUUACACUUUUGAUUGGAUCUAACAUUUUGAAUGGGGGAACUUUAAGGAUUUCUUGUUUGUUGUUCUGAUAGAUAUAAGCAUAUUCUCAUUUCCUGUUUAAGUUGCAUCAUUGGCUUGUUAUGUUGAUGGUGUUAGGAUGUUGAUUCUAAAUAAAUCAGUGAAAAAAGAAACUUCCCUUCAUUGUUCUUAUUUACUUUGAUUUAUAAGAUCACCAAGCUCUCCAUA